GCGUUAAUUCCCGAGGCACAGAUGUGUGGCACCGGUCAUAAGAAACACUCAUUUGGACAGAGAAUGUUUCCCAAUGCCCAGUCCAUCUUGAGAGUGACAAGGGCAUCUUAUGCAACGUAGCACAGAGGAACGACAUCGUGCAGAGAUGGCAAGAGUAUUCUCAACACAUUGAAGUCCACACCGAUGGUAUCAAAUCUACAGAUUGCCUUCUUACCUUAGCAUCCAAAGACCUUUCAAUAUACUUCAAGAAUUUUCGAAAACCCCAAGACAUUCCUAGACACCGCAAGACCUUGUUUUCUCAAGGCCUUUAAGCGCAUACCAAUACAUCCCAACGCAUUCCAAGACAGGCAUACCCGUCCCAAGAGAUUGGCAGGCAUCCCCAGAUUUCUCUGAGCAUCACAAAGGUUUCCAAAGCGUCAUAAACGCAUCCAAGCAUCACAAGACUCAUCCCUUGCCAAGACUCACUUGGAUCAAUAGGAAGAGAAACGAAUUACAAUGGCCAGCAGACACAGCUUCCACAUCGUCGACUACGUGGUGUUCGGCGCCACCAUCCUCAUCUCACUGGGCAUAGGACUUUACUUUGCUAUGUCUGGCGGACGUCAGCGAACAACAUCCGAGUUUCUGGUCGGAGGACGUGCCAUGAAGUUUCUCCCCGUCGCUGUGUCGCUCAUGGUGUCGUUUGAGUCGUCGAUCAUGAUGUUGGGCUAUCCGGCAGAAGUAUACGUGUAUGGAGCUCAGCUUUUUAUAGCUCUUUUUGGUUUCAUGGGGGGAUUUCUGAUAUGCAGGGUGUUGAUGAUCCCACUGAUUCAUCCCCUGAAACUUACAAGCGCUUACGAGUAUUUGGAUGGGCGGUUUAAAUCACGUACGAUCCGUCAACUUGGAACUACCCUUGGCGCUCUAUCAUACGUUUUCUACAUGGGCGUGGUGAUGUUUGGCCCAGCUAUAGCACUGGAGGCAGUGACGGGAUUUCCCCAGACAGGAUCCAUCUUCCUGGUUGCAGCUGCCGCUAUUGUAUACACAGCCAUGGGCGGACUGAAAGCGGUCAUCUGGACUGAUGUCUUUCAAGCUGUCGUGAUGUUUGCGGGCAUGCUAUCCGUCAUCAUCAAGGGCACAAUUGACGCAGGUGGAAUCAAGGCUGUGUGGACCACUGCGGCUAAGGGAGGACGCCUGAAUUUCUUUAAUUUUGACAUGGACCCGACUGUCCGUCACACGUUCUGGGGCCUGUUUCUGGGGACAUUCGCUCGGUCGUCCGGCCUGAUCUUCAACCAGUCCACUAUACAGAGGGUCUGUUCCACGCCUACACUCGCAGCAGCCAAGAAAGUGAUGCUGAUUGUGAGUCCUGCGUUCUGGAUAACACUGACGGUGGGCAUGAUCGAGGGCAUCGUCGCAUACGCCUACUACGUGAACGUCAGAUGUGACCCUUUGGAGUCCGGACAAAUACACAAUCCGAACCAGAUUAUACCAUAUAUGGUAAUGGAUAUUUUCCGGGGCUUUCCCGGAAUGCCUGGACUCUUCCUGGCCGCUUUAUUCAGUGCGUCUUUAAGCACAAUUUCAUCUGGACUCUCCAGCCUGUCAGCGAUGACCUGGGAGGACAUUCUCAAGCCUCGACUACCAAACGUUUCCGACGUGACAGCAACGGUGAUAGCUAAAGUAUCAGUGGUUGUGUUCGGUCUCUUAGCCUGUGGAGUGGCCAUACUCAUUUCCCUCAUUGGAGGAACACUCACGCAGAUUGCGACGACGAUCUUAUCUGCCUUCAAUGGCCCUCUGUGCGGCCUGUUUCUCCUCGCAUCUCUCUGUCCAUGGGCUAACGCUAAAGGAGCUAUAACUGCUACCGUUAUGAGUACUGCGCUAAUGAUGUGGCUGUGUGCUGGAGCCACGUUCUCUGGAGCCACGAGACCGACUCCUUGGUUGGCUCCAGCCCCAACUGACCAGUGCUCUGUGGAUAAUAUGACGUCACUGAUCACGAAUACAACAGGACUCCUGACGUCAACAGCAGGACUGUAUGACGUAACAACCGCUGCAGAUGUCGCCGAACCGGUCACGGGGUUCAAUGUCAUAUACACUCUGUCGUAUCUGUGGCUGGGCGCUCUCGGCAUCGCUAUCGUGCUGAUCGUGGGGUUCUUCGUCAGCUGGGCGACAGGGUUUAACAGAGAUGGGAGCCUCGAUCCUCGCUAUGUCAUAUUUCUAUCUGACGUCGUCAGAAAUAUACUGAACUGCGGGAAAAAGACCAAGACAGAUGAGAAGGCUGUAACGCAGGACAGUACCUACAAAACCGUGAUUGGAAUAGAAACCGGACCAACAGCCGAGACAGAACUACCACUGCUUGCUACGUCCGGCAAGGACAGAUCUGUCUCUGAUGUUCCCUCUCACCCCAAGAAGGACGAAACUUAGUCCUGUGUGCGUUGAUAGUUUGAUAGGCACCUGCAAAAACAGGUAUCCGUCCUCCCAAAACAUUCUGUUUUGGCCGGGGAUGAUUCAUAUUUAUUUAAUUGCUCUGUCUCGACUAUUCAUAGGCUGUAUAAACAUAGUAUCUUUGCAAGAAAAAACAUUUGUUCUAGAUAUCUUAGCGUUCCUUAAUUACAGAAGGGGACAUCUUUCAAAUAGCCCUAACUUAAAAUCUAAAGACCCUAGGUUAAACAAACUAACUGACCGUCACGUUUGUUUAUUUUGUAUCUGAGAUAACCAUUACGAAUGGUGUUUUAUUUGAGGGCACUGUGGGCCAAUAGGAGGCCUAUUUGCGCCCAUUAGCUAACACGAAAUAGAAAACGAAAUUAUCGCCCUUUCAUAGUUUCGUCAUCGAUGACGUUUGUUUAGUAGUGUUGAAUGCUGCGAAGCUACGUUAGGGUGGGUUUUUCAUACACAUUUUACUAACGGUGUAUCGCAUUUACACGUGAACUUAUAAUAUGUUAAAAGCCUUGGAUGAAAAGGGUAAAUAUUGUUUUUUGGGUGUCUGAGAUCAGGAAUAUUCUUUGUAUGUCUGUUUUUUCUCUUGCAUGGAUAUCUCAAGAUGUUGGAAAUGAUAAAUUAUUUAUCUUCAUGCUUAAGCAAGGAUUACUUGAUAUAUUUUAACAAGAUUGGCACUGUCAAAUAUCAUCCUCAAGGUUUUCAUGCCAUUAUACGAAUAAAAAAUCAUUACUUGUUCUUGAAAAAUAUGUAUCUGUACUUCAGGAUAGAACUUUGAGAUGAUCUUUGUGUAAAUUACGUAUAUCAUUACAUAAUUUUAAUGUUAAUAAUCUCAGAAAGAAAAAUGUACAAAAUAAAGAAAGUAGUUCAUGCCGUUAUUGUAAUGAAGGCUAUGUUGAGGAUUAGUUUCAUGUACUUCUCAUUUGUAAAUAUUAUCAGUUUCUUAGAUAUAGAUACCUCCCUAUGAUUUCACUAUGUGCAAAGAUAAACAACUGAUGAAAAAUUUGUUGAACUCCCGCAAUGCAAAUACAAUAUCAUCUCUGUCAAUAUUCCUGAAGAAUAUGUUUGAAAUUAGACGAUAAUAUUUUAUGUAAACUUAUUAUUACCUACACGUGACUGUACAAUGUUGAUAC